AUGUCAAGAGUUCAAGGUCAUCGAGAGUCAGUUCAGGAUUAUUUUCACGAUAAAGUUUGGCUUUGUUCAAAACUAAAGCUAACUGUAAACGAGAUACAGGAUGAGAUAGCAGCAGGUUUAUGGCAAAAGGAAGCUGCCAAACACCAUCUAGUGCAAACGUUCGAGUCAACUGAUGAAAUUCUGCAAGAAUUGCUACGGUUCCAGAGUGUGGAUAGUCGACGUAGAUCACGAAUCGCCGUACGAAAAGAAGGAGAAACGUCGUUGAAAUCAGUUCCUCGAUCUGGAUCAUCAGCUGAGUCGAAGGAGUCAUCGCGGGAUGAUGGAAAACGAAAUUGGUCAGUUUCAUCGCAGGGGGUAAGAAAAUGUCAUCGUUGUGGUUCUACCAAACAUUUUAUCAAAGAUUGUACAAAUCCAAAGCGAGAAAUAAUAUGUUAUAAAUGUAAUGCUCCGGGUCAUAUAGCAACAAGAUGUCCACUGUUGCGAGAAAAUAAAACAGAAGGGUCAUCAGGAGAAGUAAAAUUGUGCAAAAUUGAUACGGGUGCACGGGUGUGCACGAUAAGGGCAUCAACUGUUUUAAACCAAAAUUUAAAAAUGACUCCCUUAAAAUCUAAAUUAGGGGGGUUUGGGUCAAGUGAAGUUUGGUGGCCUGGGGUUAUGCGAGAAACAUUAAUUUUAGAUAAAUUAGAACCUAAAGUAAUCGAGUUUACAAUUGUCCCAGAUACCGCUAAGGAAUUCGAAGUCAUUUUAGGAAGGCCCUUUACCGAAGCUUUAGAUGUGAAAUACAAACGUAUUGGAGGCGAUUUGAUAUUUUCCAAUGUAGAUUUAUCGAUUUUAGGAAUAGAAAAUGUCGAGUUACCAAUUUUUAGUAAGAAAGAAAAACAAUUACAACCGGGAGUAAUAAAUUUCAUAAAUGUAAAGUCCUAUAUGGGGGAUAUUCGUUUGCCUAUUGCAAAUAUAGGAGAUAAAGAAAUAACGUUGGUACAAGGAGAAAAGUUGGGAGAUGCGAUUCUUACGAUAGAGGGGACUCCCGUGAGAGUGGGGAGAGAUAAGGAAAUCGUAGCGAGUGAACUAGUGACAGACGAGUCAGUCACGAUAGAACAGAAGUCAGAGUUAUUAAAAAUAUUAAAUGAAGUCAAGGAUAGAACAGAUUUAGAGAAUAUUAUUAGUAAAUAUCGAGCUGCUCGAUUGAUUAAAGAUACUAAUGCCGAGUUUGCAAGUCCUGUGUUUAUAGUUAGAAAACCUGAUGGUACGCCCAGAAUGGAAUCAGAUUAUCGUGAAUUAAAUAAAAUUACAAUUCCUUUUAACUUUCCCAUACCGAAUUUUGAUGAUCUGUUGGAAGAUCUGAGUGAAGCGCGAUUAUUUAUUAAAUUAGAUAUGUCUCUUGCUUUUAUUACGGAAAAUGAGACCGGUCAAUUUGAGAGAGCGAUGUUUGGAUUGGUAAACGCUCCAUUAUACUUUGCAAAAUUAAUACAUCGAGUUCUCGGUAUUGCUAGAAAAAAGAAAAUCGCAUUCAUGUUCUUUGAUGAUAUUUGUUUUCAUGCUCGAGAUUGGACAGAAUUACUUAAAAAUUUACGAGACGUUUUAAUGUUAUUGAGAGACGUUAAAUUAACGUUAAAUCUAAAAAAAUGUGCUUUUGGAAUGCGUCAAGUGGAUUAUUUAGGUUAUACCUUAGGUGCUGGUUCGAUUAUACCAGUAAAUUUUUCAAAAAUAGCUGCCCCAAUAUAUGAAUUAUUAAAAGAGAAAGAACCUUUUGUUUGGUCUAAAAAUCAACAAUCAGCAAUCGAGACUUUGAAAGCAAUUUUAUCAAGUAAACCUGUUUUAAAGGUUUAUAACCCAAAAGCUGCUAUAACCGAACUGCAUACCGAUGCAUCUGCGGUCGGUUUAGGGGGAAUUUUACUACAGACAGAUCGAGUCGAAGAUAAAGAGCUUUCAAACGCGAGCGCAAGAGUGACGGUGCAAAAAGCGGCGGAGUUAGUUAAUCAAUUUGGUGCUCCUUAUCGUUUAGUUAGUGAUCGAGGUACGGGAUUCACAUCCGAUCAUUUUGAGAGGUUUUGUCAGAAUCAUAGAAUCAUUCACACUUUAACAUCAAGUCGUCAUCCCCAAGCCAAUGGCUUGGUAGAGCGUUUAAAUUAA